AUGGAAUUUAAUGCUUAAAAAAGUGUGUUUGAUUUAGUCAGACUAUCUUUUCCAUAAUAAACUGAAGAAAGUACAUUACUAAAUUACAAGACAUAUUUAUAUAGAAUUUUGAAUCUAAAAACUAAAUAUUAAGAAAUGGAUGAUAUGAUAAUAGAAAAGGAAAUUGAUGAUAUUGAUAAUGUAUAUGUAAUAUACUAUUAAAAUAGAAAGUACUUUAAACUAGAUUAAGAGAAUGCAUAUAGAAAUUAAAAAAAUCAACAAUUCAAAAAAAUUAAGAAAUAAUUCACUUUGUAAUUAGAGUAAGUUAAUUGGGAAAAUAAGAGAUAUUAAAUAAUAGUUAAAUAAAACCAAUUUUUGAAAAUUCAAAUCAUUUAAAAUAGUCAAUUGAUAUUGAAAAUCAAUAGACAACUAAUCAAACAAUUAAUAAGAUAGAAAAUAGUUUAAUAAAAAGUAUGAUAGUAGAAAGAUAACAAGUAAGAAAUUAUAUAAAUUUAGAAUAGUAUUGCUUAAGAAGUUAAUGACAGAGAUUUAAUGAAAGAUUUAUUAUUUUGUCUUUAAGGAAUAGAGGGUUAAUAUAUUUAAUAUGAUGCAUCUACAGAUUCAUUUUGUUUAAGAAAAGAUCUUAAUGUUUCAAUAUCAGUACGAUAAAUAGUAAAUUUGAUUUCUGAAUGUGGAUGGUUAUUCAAAAAGAUCUCAUCUUUUUGUUAAAUAUAAUAAUCAAAUUUAAUAGUAUAGGCACUUUAAAAUGUAAUCAAAUUAGAAUUAUCUGAAUAUUAUAAAUUGAUAGCAAAUCUUGAAGGAUUAAUCCUAUCUUCAUAAUGUAAAGUAUUAUUAUUAUUUAGUGAUAACAUUUAAAAGAAUUCAUUUCCAUCUCUAAUCUUCAUAUGAUUAUAUGUUGUUUAUAAAUCAAUUACUUUCAAUAAUAUAAACAAAUACUCCCCUUGGAACUACAUCUUGUUUAAUAAUAAAUGUUUUAGAGUAAUUUUCAAAGCAUGGAUGUACUUAAACAGCAGAAUUAUUUGUACGUUUAUAAUAAGCAAGUUGUUAACCAUUAAUGAAGUAUAUAAAUGAAUGGAUGUUUGAAGGUAAUCUCUUAGAUAUAGCCAAUGAAUUCUUUAUAGAAAGAGAUGAUUAAAAAGUAUUAAAUAAGGAUUAAGGAGAAUUGUGGAGAAAAUAAUAUAAAAUUAAUUAUGAUAAAGUUCCAGUUGUUAUAUCAUAUGAUGAAGCAUAUAAAAUAUAUGAUACAGGCAGAGCUAUAAAUUGGUUGAGAAAAUAAUGUGAUAAUAAGAAUUGGUAUUUAGAUAUAUAGCCAUUAACUAUUAAUAUGCUUUAAACAAAGGAAUUAUCUUAAUUAAUUAAUUAAGCAAAUAAAAAUACUAAUACACAAUUAGUCAAUUUAUUAUUUGAUAAAUUUAAAUUAAUGGAUCAUUUUAAGAUGAUUAAAUAAUAUUUCUUAUUAGGUAAUGGUAAUUUCUCUCAAUUAUUGAUUGAAACACUUUAUACAGAAUUAUCAAAAAAUGCACAUUUAGUAUAUAAACAUACUUUAACUGGUUUGGUUGAAUCUACACUUAGAUUGAGUAAUGCAAAUUAGAUUAUCUAAUAGAGAUUGUCAGUUAAAUUAUUGGAAGCUUAAAAAAAUGAUAUAGGUUGGGAUAUCUUUUGUUUAGAUUAUGAAUUUGAAGAACCUUUAAAAACAAUUUUUAAUCAUAGAACUAUGUUAAAUUAUUAUAAAAUUUUCAAUUAUUUAUGGCGUAUUAAAAGAGUUGAACAUACACUUAUUUAAUCAUGGAUGUAAUAAAUUAAAAAUAAAUAUCACUUAAAUGCAAAGUCAAAUGUAAAUAAGGCUCUUAAUUUAAGUUUAUAAAUCAUGAAUUCAAUGAUUCAUUUUAUUAAAAAUUUUUUUAGUUAUUUGAUGUUAGAUGCAAUUGAAACUCCAUGGAAAAAAUUUAUGGAUUAAAUUAAUUAAAUAGAAAAUUUAGAUCAUUUGAUAAAAUUACAUGAAUAAUUAUUAAAUGAAAUAAUUGAUAAAACAUUCUUACAUCAAAAAUAAGAAGAAAUUCAGAUAAUUUUACUUAAAUUAUUUGAAAUUUCAUUUAGAUAUAAAUAAAAUUUAGAAAAUCUAUUUUUAUAUGUAAGAGAAUUAGUAGCAUAAGAUAGAAGUGAUAAGUUUGAAUAAUCAUUAGAUUCAAUAAUAUCACAUAAAACUACACCAACAUAUAAUAUUAAUAUUGAUAAAUAAUUUAAAGGAUAAGAAAUAAUUAAGUUAUUAUUAUAAUUGAGAUAAAUGUAUAGAGAAUAAACAUUAGAAUUAAUUAAGCAUCUCUAAAAUGAAGAAAAAUUAAAAUUCUUAUUAUUCAAACUAGAUUUCAAUGAAUAUUAUUACUUAUUAUCAUAAGAAAAGCUAUUUUCUUUAGGGUUUGAUAAGUAUAGUUAUAUUAUUAAUAUUACAGAUUUUUAUAAUAAUGUCUCCCAAUAUCAAUUAAGGAAACUGGCAGUUAGAAAGUAAUAUCUGAUUAACCUUAACCUUAAUAAUAAAAACCUUUGAUCCCAUAAUUUAGCCAAAAGUCAAUGACUUCUAUAUAACAAGACUAUAUUUAAAUUAAAGAAGGAAGUAUAUAUUAGUAUUUAUCUAAUAGUUAGACUUUUAGAAGAAUAAAAGAAAUAAAAAGAAUAAUAAUCAAAAAUAUUAAAAUAGUCUUAAUAAAAAGAGGAAUAAAUAAAACCUCUAUCUAAACCUCCAUUGCCAUUCCCAUAACAAUAAUAACCUAUGCUUACAAUGAGUCCAAUUAAUAAAUAAUCUACUACAUCCUCUGUUUCAUCUAGUAAUAUUUUCUAGCCUUAACCCUUGUAGAAUUUUUAAUAAUAAUUUGAACAAUAGAUUCAAUAAUAGUAAUAGAUCAAUUAAAAACUUUAAUAAUUGUAAUAAUAAUAAUAAUAAAUGUAAUAAUAUCAAUAAUUAUAAUUAUAACCUCAAACAAAACAACCAUAAUUACCUAAAUUUAUAAGUUCAUCAUCACAAAUGUAUUAGGUUUAAUAAUCAUAUUAACCAAAUUUUAAUAAUUCUGUACCUUUUUCCCAAAAUUAGAGCUAAUCUCAGAUUAGUAUUUUAUAACCUAAUAGAAAUGAUUUGUCAUUGUCAUAAGAUGAAAAUUUACAACAAUUAAUGGAUAAACAAUUUAAUGUUGAUGAUGAUAGUAGUGAUGAAGAUUUAAUUUGA